CGUGUCCGGGGCCCUUGCGCCGGGGCGCGCGGGGCGUCGGGAGCGCGGCGCUCAGGUGGCUGCGGCGGCGGCGGCGGCGGCGGCGACAGCCACGGCGGAGGCGGUUGCUGCGCCCGGUACUGGGCUCGCUGCCUCAGGCGCAGGCGCCGUGGACUCAGCCCGCCCCAGGCCUCGGCUGGCUGUGCGCUCGUCAUGGCGACCCAGCAGAGGCCUUUCCACCUGGUGGUGUUCGGCGCCUCUGGCUUCACCGGCCAGUUCGUGACCGAGGAGGUGGCCCGGGAGCAGGUGGACCCGGCGCGGAACUCCCGGCUGCCGUGGGCAGUGGCGGGCCGCAGCCGGGAGAAGCUGCUGCGGGUGCUGGAGAGGGCGGCGCUGAAGCUGGGAAGACCAACACUAUCAUCUGAAGUUGGAAUAAUAGUUUGUGACAUCAACAAUCCAGCCUCACUGGAUGAAAUGGCUAAACAGGCAACAGUUGUCCUCAAUUGUGUAGGGCCAUAUCGAUUUUAUGGAGAACCGGUAGUAAAAGCAUGCAUUGAAAAUGGAACUAGCUGUAUUGAUAUCUCUGGAGAACCUCAGUUUCUGGAACUAAUGGCUUGGAAGUAUCAUGAAAAAGCUGCAGCAAAAGGAGUUUAUAUCAUUGGAAGCUGUGGCUUUGACUCCAUUCCAGCAGAUCUGGGAGUAAUAUAUACUAAAAAUAAAAUGAAUGGUACUUUGACUACUCUGGAAAGUUUCCUUACUAUACAAUCAGGACCUGAGGGGUUGUGCAUUCAUGAUGGGACCUGGAAAUCAGCAAUUUAUGGUUUCGGAGAUCAAAAUAAUUUGAAAAAACUACGAAAGGAAACAAAUUUGAAACCACUUCCAAUCCUUGGUCCAAAAUUGAAAAGAAGGUGGCCGAUUUCUUACUGUAGAGAACUCAACAGUUACUCUAUUCCUUUCUUGGGGGCGGAUGUAUCUGUUGUGAAGCGAACUCAGCGCUACUUACAUGAAAAUUUAGAGCAGUCACCUGUUCAGUAUGCUGCAUAUGUAACUGUGGGAGGUAUCACCUCUGUUAUUAAGUUGAUGUUUGCAGGACUUUUCUUUUUAUUCUUUGUGAAGUGUGGCAUUGGAAGACAACUUCUUAUCAAAUUUCCAUGGCUCUUCUCUUUUGGUUAUUUUUCAAAACAAGGUCCAACACAAAAACAGAUUGAUGCCUCAUCAUUUACAAUGACAUUCUUUGGUCAAGGAUUCAGUGAACCUGUUGCUAGCAAUAAGAGCAAACCAAAUCUGAAAAUUUGUACUCAGGUGAAAGGACCAGAGGCUGGCUAUGUGGCUACCCCCAUAGCCAUGGUUCAAGCAGCCAUGACCCUUCUAAAUGAUGUUGCUGAUCUCCCUAAAGCGGGCGGGGUCUUCACACCUGGAGCGGCUUUUGGCAGAACAAAGCUGAUUGACAGACUCAACCAACGCGGCAUUGAAUUUAGUGUCAUUAACAGCUCUGAAGUCUAAUCGUUUGGUUAGUUGAAGACAUGCAAUGCCUGAAUUAACAACCUUAUUUGAUAUUUAAAAUUCUCUGUAAGCCUGUUUGACUACACGUGGAAACAAUUAAUGUCAAGUCCACAGUGUGUACACAUUAAAAGCAGAAAAUUGUACUACAGUACCCUAAAUUUCAAAUCCUAGCUGAUUUUGUGAUUUUAUUGCUUGUGAGAGAAAACUAGUAUUUGAUUUUCUUUUUCAUUGACGAAUCUGUGGUCAGUUUUUAUGAGUGAACUAGCAGGUCAGCGGGUAUUGCUAAGAGGUUCCCUAAUGAAGUUCCCAGGCUGGCUUCCACAGUGGAAUGUGACUGCUACUUCUUGCUGUGUUAUUGAAUGGGAUCUCACUUUUCUGAUGAGUCUACAUAAUGUGUGGGUCCUUCCUAAAUGCAGCUGCAUUUUUUGCUAUUUUAGCUUAGUUUUUCAUCUAUUUACACUGACUGAUUUUGGACCAUUACCUCAGUUGAAUAAUAAAGGAUUGUCAACUGAACAGUGGCUUUUGUUUCGGGGCAUGCUUAGAUAUUUUGAGUAGUGAGAGAAAUCUGCUUCCUAAGUGGUCAGACCUGGUUUGCUGCUGUUGAUUGGGAUUCUCAUUCCCCUUUCCCUGGUUCUAUGCCUGUGGCUGAUUUUUCAAGUUGUAGCUUGUAAGUUUCUAUUGAUUUUUCACUUCCUAAGCAGAAUUUCACCCUUAAUUUACUUUUCAUGUUUUAACUAGGUUUUCCACUGAAGCCCUAAAGUGAGACAAAGGACUGUCCCUUUUGUAAUAAGCACAUAAUAAACUGCUCUGUGUGUUGGUCU